UUUUUUUUUUUUUUUUUUUUUAUCUCUUAACUUAUUAGUCUUUUUUAUUCAACACAUAAUGACUGUAUUCAACACACUUUUAGAAGCCGUAGCUCAUUGCGAUAACUUCCCCUAUGUUCUCGAUCCCAAAAAAGAGGACGACGAAAUGCAUCGUGCCAUUCCGUUUCUUUUGGGUGCACACACCAUUGGUCAUGUCUUACCCAGUGUUCUUGUGGCUCUGAAAGACUACAACCAAACCACACCAGUUUUCACUAUUUCAGACAGCUCUGUUCAGUUUAACGAAACCGUACAGACCUCACAAGAACGUACCUUGGCUGUCAAGGCCCUGAUGGAUAGUUGGCGUCAAAACAAGACAUUUGACGUUUUAGCAGGUUGGCGGGAUGAGCUUUAUCCAGUGUAUGGUGAUGAGAAUGAGCCAGAUAACAUUGCAUUUGUCAUGGAACGAGCAUCUGCUGCGCUUUUCGGUGUAUCGACUUUUGGUGUUCAUUUGAAUGCCUAUAUCAGGAACGAUCAAGGUGAAAUCUUCAUGUGGGUGGCCCGACGCGCACUUACCAAGCCUACUUGGCCUGGAUUGUUGGACAACUGUGUUGCAGGUGGUAUCUCGUACAACUAUUCGGUGAAAGAAACCAUUGUGAAAGAAUGUGAAGAAGAAGCUAGUAUUCCAUCUCAUCUUGCUUCCCAGGCACGCAGUGUAAGUCUAAUUACUUAUUACACAUGUUCUCCCGGUGCUUUACAACCUGAGACAGAGUAUUUGUUUGACUUGGAAUUACCUCAAGACUUUAAACCUAUCCCACGCGAUGGAGAAGCAGAGUGUUUCUAUCUAUGGCCUCUACAGAAAGUAAAAGAAACCAUCUUGAAUAACGAAUGGAAACCCAAUUGUGCUUUAGCUGCUAUUGACUUUUUUAUGCGUCAUUCGUUUAUUACACCGGAUGAUGAACCAGAGUACAUUGAUAUCUCUUAUCGUCUUCAUAGAAGACUUGAAUUUCCUACGCCUCGUAGAGGUUUAAACAGAUAAUCUGUUAUUCCCCUCCCACACAUGACUGGGGAACAAUAAUAAAAAAAAAAAACCG